UAUCACUUUAUAUAAACAUUGAUAGACUGUAUUCAAUGACUGAUUGAUUAUUAGUUUUUUUUUCGGUCAAUCAAUCAAUCAAUCAGUCAAUCAAAUCGGCGGACAACACAUCGGGACCCGAGAGGCCAGUGGUUUAGUAGUCAAAACAAGUAGAAAAUGCCGGGCAUUUACAGCGUGUAUAUCAUCUCCCGAAGCGGUGGACUGAUCUUCAACUACGAUUGCGAGCAUAACUUUGUCUCAUCGGAAGUCGAAAAAACUUUCGGCUAUCCGUUGGACAUCAAACUGGAUUAUGUUCAUCAAAAACUGGCCGUAACUUUUGGCCAACGGGACGGUAUCCGAGUCGGCUACGCAUUGUUGGCCAUCAAUGGCCAACCGCUGAGCGGCCGCAAAAUGGACGACAAGGACGUAAUGGACGAUAUAUUGGCCAACGAAGAGAACUAUCCGAUUAAUUUGAAAUUUGGUUUGCCGAGACUGACCACUAACGAGAAGAUAGUAUUGUCGUCGAUGUUUCAUUCGCUGUACGCCAUCGCCGCCCUCCAGAUCUGCAAAGGUUCGGCUACUAAAAGCUCGGGCGGCGGCGGCGGUGGCCUCGGCAGCGGUAAAGAUCACCAUCAAAACAAUAGCAGCAAACGAUUUAUGAAAAGUUCGGGCAUUGAAGUACUCGAAACCAAUAAUUUCCGUCUGAAUUGUUUACAAACGACAACUGGUGUCAAGUUUUUGAUUGUUAGCGAUCUGACAGUUCCGGCCAACAAAGAUCUGCUGUUGAAAAAAAUUUAUGAAUUAUAUACCGAUUACGCCCUCAAGAAUCCAUUUUAUUCGCUGGAUAUGCCCAUCAGAUGUGAUUUAUUUGAUUCAAAUCUUCAGUCAAUACUCGAACAAAACGAAAGGCAACCGAUUAUUAACAAUGUCUGAUACCAUCAACAUUGACAACGACGACAUCGACAUCAUCAUCAUCGACGACAUCGACAUCCAGCUCCACAAACCAAUUGUGAUGAUGAUAUC